GUAAACGUCUUGGUAAUCUGUCUGACAUUUGCUGACAUAUUGCCAGAAUACCUUGCGAAGAUGGAUCGCCUGCCAGCAGAGAUCAUCCUGGCCAUCCUCCAUGAAAUUCCCAACGCACGAGACCGACUGAACCUAGUCCAGAUAUGUCGGCGUUGGCGUGCCUCAUUGCUGGGAAUCGCUUUCUGCUCGACUCACCUCGAAUGGCCUGAGCUUCGGUGUCUGAUUGUGGCGGCCCUUGCCAAUCCGAUUAUCAGGUUCUCCAUCCGCGAGCUCUCAAUAAACAAUGUUGCCAAUAAAGGUGCACUGGCCCCAUUAGGCCCGGUAGUUCAGGAUCUUAUAGAUCUCAUCAGUGAGUCGCCUGUAGAGUAUGAUGCAUGGCGCAAAAACCUAUCAAGUAACCAGGGUGAAGCGUGGAUUGCCCUUUCAAUGGCUAUUCUCCCCAAUCUUGCUACAAUUUCAGCACAGCAUAGCCACCCUGAAGGCUGGAUCACCCGAAUCGUUUCGAAGGCUGCGUGGAAGCAAUUUCCUUUUGAUUGCAACACUUUCCUCGCCUUGCAGCGGUUAGAAAAACUCGAGCUUUCCUGGAGCUACCUUUCUACUGUGUUGAGUCACCGCGAAUACCUUCCCUUAUUUCACUUGCCUUCCCUGCGCACCUUACGACUCGGCCCAGUACAGGAGCUUCAUUCGACCCACAGUGCAGCAGACCAUCCGGCCUUCUUUCCAGUUCCAGCUACCUCGCCGGUUGAAGAGCUAGUCUUGGACUUCUUUUGUAACGGAAGAUAUGGGAUGGCCGAUUUUGUUACCUCAUGUGCCAACCUUAAGCGCUUUGUAUACCAGCAUACGAACGACAUUAUCUGGGUUUCGCGUCAGGACGAGGAGGAUUGCAUGGGUGUUGACACUAGCUUUCGGCCUUGGUGCUUCCACGAGGCGCUCCAAACACAGAAACACAGCCUAGAGGUGCUCCACCUGAAUGAUCUAGGAGAUGCGUCCACCCCUCGACCAACUCAUCUCUAUAAGGGGAAUGUCGACCCAAUCUCACAUGAUCGGUGGUUUGGGUCGUUGGCGGAUUUUUCCAAGCUGUGGGAUCUACGGAUUCGCGCCAGCAACCUUCUCAAUCUCCACCCUCAGGAGACAGAGGAUAUGGUCUGGCUUGGAGAUAUUCUGCCUAAGACCUUGAGAGUUUUACAUCUAGCGGACUGUAAUGUUAACAACUGUGCUGUAUUGGUCACCCACCUCGAGGAUCUUCUUACUCGGCGUGAGGAACAGUUUCCAAACCUACAGUACCUGCUCGUCUCUCCUGAGCGGGAGGAACCACACGGAACCAGUAUUCGCAUCAGGGAGGCCUUCAGGAGGCAAUGGACGACCCUUCAGGUGAUGUGUGACCGGGUUGGCAUCCGGCUCUCUCUUGGGGCCGGGGAAAAGAUGAAAACAAAUCAGAAGCACUGGUCUCCCGGAAGAAUUGUAGACGAGGCUUUGUUGCAUUAAUCUAUCAUUCACAGCCUCCAUGGGAAAGUGAUAGCCUCACCGACACCAGUCUAUAUAACCUAUAUUUCCCCCCCGUCGUCUCGCACGCCCGUCCACCAUUCCCGGAUCUCCCAGUACCAAGUCCAGCUUUCCACAGCGCCAGCGCCGGCAAGAACAGCAAACAGCACUGCUUUGCUCAUCUGAGUCUUGAAGCUCAGAUCAUACUUCCAGUAACCUGCGUUGCUCUUAUCGUUUGGUUGAUUAGUCUUUGAGGUGUUGUCCUUGUUGUGUAGAAUGUUCCGCGUUGAAAACGAUGCUGUGGCACGAGGUGCAAGAGGAGCGCGUGGAUGGCUGUGAAUGAGACCAUUCAAAAGCUUGGCACGUAGAGAAGCCAUGUCGUUCAUACUAGAUGAGUCUGUGAAUUAGACGCAGUCAAUAUUCAGAAGGUAAUACAAACGAGGUCCGGAUUCUUCAGUAGUACCUCGGGUGUUAUGG